AUGUACGGAGUGUCUCCCCCCUGAUCGGCAACCAAAGCAAAGCAAACCUCAGUUUCAUGUUAACCAACAUUGCUUUCCUUUGCAAUAAGAGAUUGUGUACUAUGUUUAUGUGCCUGAAUAUGUAAAUUACAUCCACCAUGUUUCCCAUUAAUCACAAAACAAUAUUUGUUUUGGACCACACUCCUUACUUCGGUAUAUCAUCAGAUUUUCCGAUAGAUUUCGAUGUCCCGAAAAAUAGAGGAUAUCUUCCAGUUCCACCAAUUUGCAAGUCUUUAUGGACUUGUAGUGUGGAAGCGGCUGUUGAGUACUGCCGGAUAGUAUGGGAUCUGUUUCCUGAAGGAAAAUUGGUGAGGUUUGUAGUAAGUGAUAACACAGCUCAUAUGCUAAAUACAUGGGCUGUGGCACAACAAAAUUUAACUCAUUUACUGAAUGGAUUAUGUCUGGUGGGACCAGUGAGGAGGGGAGCCGGUGGUGAUGUUGAAGGUCUGGUUGCUGCCAUUGAGGCACUUGCUGAACCCUCGCCUGACCAGAGCUCUAGGCCUGCUGAGAGACAUUUCCAAAACCGUGGUCGUGUAAUUUGCAUAACAAGUGCCAGAGACAAUGAUUCAAUAAAAAACCUGAAGGAUAUUGCUCACAACACAAUAGUACAAAUAAACAAGAAGGCAGCAUUAGCUCAACCAGCCAGUACUUCAGAAUCUACAAGUACUACACCACAGCCUUUAGUAAUACAUUAUUGCCACAUAGUUAUAAUAAAUGUGACACCAGAAAAUGCAGAGACUAGAGUUACUAAUCAACCAUUAACUGAGAUAGCUGGUGGUCAAAUAGGUGUAGAAGUGAUAGUAUCUCGAGCUAGUGCCUUAGCAAAUCUGUUGGGACGGUUAGUGCUGCCACACUACAAACUGGCUACUACCACUGUCACUGGUAUUCCUAUGAAGGAAGAACAAAAUGCUAGUUCUAGUGCUAAUUACGACGUAGAAAUAAUACACGCGGCAGACGCUCACGCUGGUCUGAGAGCCUCGCAGACGCCGGCUGAGGCUUUGGAAUCGGUGGUGCUGCGGUGGUGGACGCCGCGCGGCGCGGAGGGCGGCGCGGGCGGCUGCUGCGGCGCGCUGUGGCGCGUGACGCCGGCCGACGUGGCCUCGCGGCCCUCCGCCUGCCUCGUCAACUUCCUGCUCAACGGACGCUCCGUCACGCUCGAGGUGCCCAGAAAAGGCGGCGGCAGAUCAGCGUCUCACGUGCUAGCAGCUCAGGGUGGGGAACUGUGGAUCGGAGCUCUCGGCGGCCGCACUCCGUAUGACGACCCUCCUGCUUUAUCUGAAGGCGCUGGUGGAAGAGUCACUGAUUACAGAAUAAAAGAGUUCGGCGCCCUAAUGCAACAGAACCGCCUGCACCCGCUGCGCGGGUCGGGCGCCAACGCGCGGGCGCGGGCGCGGCUGCAGCGACACACCACAUACUGGCCGCUCACUAUAUCCUCUACGCUUAUAUUUAAUUUAGGAUCGGUAUUAGAACCGCUAACCCGGUUAGUGGUACAAGAGACGUUGACUGAUGAAGAAGUGGAGACGUGUCGCAAUGUUCUGCUCUCGUUGCUGGGCAUGGAGUCCCGACAUGAAUUCCCCACCGCCCAGCUACCGUCCAAUAUGAGUAUGUUCAACAGGGGCAAAUCCUCGGGCCGUCGGGAAGAGCAAUGGCGUCAAGUCUGGGGCGAGUUGGAAGCGCUCGUACGAGCGCAUGCAGCCGCCCCGCAGCACCGCGCGUUGUUGCGAGUCUUACUUGAUUGUAGGGCGCAUAAUAAUCAUCCCAGUGAUGGUGAAUCUCGAGCUACAGUAAUCCGAGCGACAACCGAUAGUCCCCUAUCCCCGGUGGGGGCGGGUAACGGGGCUUCGACUUCUGGAGACGUGUGGGCGCCGCGCAACGUGCUGGACGCGUUACUGGGAGCGCCGAGACCGCCACGCCGGCCGGACUUCGCGGGACGCAUGGCUGCCGGCUCGAGAGUCGCCACGCUAUACCCGCAGUUGCAGCAAGAUGUCGAAACUUCACAUUAACACUGCCUUGUGCUACAGUCUUCAAUGGUCUUUUAACAUCUUUAAAAGAUGAUUUAAGCUGCGAUCGACGUCACCAACGAAUAUCUGUGUGUUGCAGUGGCCCGGGAUAGAAGUAUCGUAGCGAACAGGAUACGGUUGAAAUUAGCAACAAAUUAUUGAAACCUGUUUCCUAUUAUGCCUAGAGAUUUUUAUAAUAACAUGAAAAGAUAGUAGUUUUCACAUUACUAUCGUAAAAAGCAUUUUUACGUCAGACACUUGCCGUAUUAUGAGUAAAGAGUGUUAUUUAAAAGUAAAUGUCUUGAAAUGGCAACAUUUCUGAGUCAGUAACUCUAUAUACAAGACCCACAUCUACGGUUCUAUCAUAUCCAUAGCCACGUCUAUUUUACCAACUUUUAUAAAAUCAGAAAGCUCAGUCACGCAUAACUAUAAAGUGAGCAAUUUUGUUGGCGAGCCCAGGAUGUGGUCGACUGAUUAACAUUGUGGCUCAACACCGGCCGCACUUUGCGGUUGUGCCGAACAUUUUAUGGCUCGUGUAUGAUUGUGUUGGUGCAAUAGUCCAAGGAUAAUGUUGUAAGCGAUGGAUGUUACGGUAUUUCAAAAAACCUUUGCCAACGAGGUUCUUUAAAAUAUUGUUGAGUAUUAACUUUUGUACUGUGCGUUUAAUUUUACACUGUAAUUGAAUGUGUAUAAGUAUGUAAGGAAAUAUGUGAAUAAAUAUGUUGGAUUAAGGACA